AUGAAACUAUCUUACAAAAUCAAAGAACCUGAUGCAUUUGACAAGUUUAAAAGUGCAGAAAUUCCUGAUGAGAGCAACCCUCACUUGCGAAGAAUUAUUUUAAGCCACAUGGUGCAUGUCCCAUGUGGGAAAGCUAACACCGAAUGUCCUUGUAUGAAACACAAGAGCAGCCCAGGAACAUGCAAGUAUGGGUAUCCAAAGGCAUGUAGAGAAGAAACAAGUACGCACGAAAAUGGUUUUCCACUUUACAGACGGAGAAAUGAUAGUAAAAAACCUAUCAUUCGCAAGUUUGCCAUGGACAAUACAUGGGUUAUUCCAUAUAAUCCUUACCUCUCCGCCCUCUUCGAUAGUCAUUCAAAUGUUGAAGUUUGCUCAACGAUCAAAGCAGUUAAGUACAUAUACAAGUAUGUUUACAAAGGCCAUGACAAAAUAUCAUUUGCUGUGUCAAAUCAGGAAAAUCCAAAACCAGUUGAUGAAAUUGCACAAUUUCAAAUUGCCCAAUGGGUUUCGCCUUGUGAGGCUGCAUGGAGACUUUAUUUGUUUGACCUCUUUGAAAUGUAUCCUUCUGUGCUCCCCCUUCAGGUUCAUAUACCCAAUGCACAGACAGUCCAGUUCAAUCCUGCUGAACAGCUUACUCGCAUCGUCGCAAGUGAAGUAAGGUCUCGCACGUCGCUCAUCGAGUUUUUCAAAAUGAAUGCAAAUGCAAAUGGUGCAGCACAGCUCUUGUACUCAGAGUUUCCAGAAUGUUACGUGUUGACUGCUUCUACAAAGACAUGGACUAAAAGAGUGCACAAAAGAUUUAUCGUUGGCCGUUUGAUAUUUGUUGUACCAGUAGAUGGUGAGCGGUACUUCCUACGCCUUCUUCUUGCCCAUGUACGUGGACCUACGUCAUUUGAUGACCUGCAAACCGUGGAUGGCUACUUAUGUGCAACGUUCCAAGAAGCAGCGUUGAAAUUAGGGCUCCUUGAAUAA